AUGAAUUCGAACAGGACCGAAGCUGGAAGGAAAGACUCAGUUUACACCAAGAUCUGGAAUGCACCGGUGCCUAACAAAGCCAAGACCACAGCAUGGAGGAUUUUGAAGGGGAGGCUGGCAACUUGCGAAAAUCUUAUCAAAAGAAAUGUCAUCAAUCUCUCGGUGGAAGCAAAUUGUUUUCUUUGUGCUACUCAAACUGAAACCCUGGAACAUCUGCUCUUCACUUGCCCAAAAACAGAUGAGAUUUGGUGCGAUUUCUUGGGGUGGAUCGGAAAAAAAACAGCUCUUCAUCGAAGCACAAACGCACACUUUCGUGCUUUCACAAGCCUUGGUAGCAAGGCGGAUGUUCAAUUCCUCACAGGUACUUGGAUUUGCAUUGUUUGGAGCAUUUGGAAAGAAAGAAACAAUUGUAAGUUCAACCAAGGAACGUGGAACAUACAAAAAAUUGUUGCGGAGAUCAAGACGAGGAUUUGGAGUUGGAAGCUGGCUUUUAAGAUGCAGUCGCCAUCCUUGGAUUCCAAAGAUUUCUUCUCCAAUUCUGGAAUCCUUGGCUGA